GACAAUCUGACUUCUUGGAUCCAACUAAACGAUGGAAAAAGAAUCAGCCAUGAUACUCACGUGACUACGUCGUUGCUGUCGACGUCGCCCCUCUUGAAAUGAACCGCAGCCGAGGUCUCCUGCGUUUCAGUGAACGCCGUUGAGUAAUUUGCUUUGCACUGGACACCCACACGCGUCUAACGACGCUUAGACAUUCUUGGUUCCGAGUAUUAAAUAUUGGGGAGGUAAAUAGCCUCACAAUACACACCGUGAAGCGUCAUGAGUACAAGAAAUAAAAGAAACGCUAGAGGAUGUGAAACAAAACAGAAAUCCUGGAAGGGGACAAGAAACCAGAGUUUAAAAAUGGAAGGUUACCAUGCCAUAUAUGAGAGUGCAGCUGACACAACUAAGCAACAAGAGAGGCAUUACUACCUACUGUCAGAGUUGCAGAACUUGGUCAAAGCCUUGCCCAGUUCAUUCCAGCAGCGUCUCUCUUACACGAUGCUCAGUGAUCUUGCAUUGGCACUAAUUGAUGGGACGGUUUUUGAGAUAGCACGAGGUCUGCUGGACAUCCAGCAUUUAACAGAGAAAAACCUGUAUAACCAGCGUCAAAAGCUGCACACUGAGCACAGAAUGCUUAAACAGGAAAUGGUUAGGAAGCAUAAAGAAGCCCUGCAGUCUUGCAAAACUCACAAUUUGGCCGUUCUCCGGGCCGCCCAGCAGAGAGAGCUCGAGAAUCUGGAACAACGUGUCAAAGAUGAGCAGAGAAUGAUGGAUGAAAAAAUUGUGCUCGAGUUAGACCAGAAAGUAGUUGACCAGCAGAACACUUUGGAGAAGGCAGGAGUGCCAGGAUUCUACAUUACAACUAAUUCACAGGAGUUAACACUGCAAAUGAAUUUGUUUGAACUGAUUCUAAAACUUCAGCAAAAGGAAGCACAACCUGGACGCUGUCUUCCUUAAGUGUUAUGCAAACAAGUGUCAAGUCUCAACGUCGAGGACGUUGCUGAAAAGCCAAGCCGCACAAGUGUUGUCUUAUGAAGCUGCUCACUCUAUCGUACAUCAGCAAGCCUUUGAAAACACCCCAGCUUUGUUUGUGUGUUUAAACGGUUAUUUGUUUUUGUUUUUCUUUCAAAUUUCAAUGGUUGAGUCUGCUGAUAGUGGCUUUAAAUUAACAAUGAAGUAAAAGCCAUUCCUGUGGACUUUGUCACAGUUAAAUAUGGUAUCACAGACUGAAAGGCUGACACACACAAAUACUCAGUGUUUUGUGCCUUGUGUUUUUUAGAUGUGUGGAGAAGUCUUCAAAUGGAUGCGUGCAAAUGUAUGUAUGUAAAUAAGUGGAGGUAAGAACUGUUAUUAAUGCAAAUGUAAAUAAUGCCAAUCCAGAAGGAUCAGGAAAAGUAGGACAUUGAGAGACGCGCACAGAUGUUGGGUUUCUUGCACAUUCUCCCAUUGCCAUAGCACUUUGAAUUCCUAUAAAAUUUCAGUGUUUAAUGUUAUCUGAUAAGUACUGUACCUGUAUAGCAUAUUUAAACUUUUUUUUU